GCGCUAAUAUAAUAGCUCUCUGCUUUCUUCCCCUUGCCAACUACUAUCUUCCUCUCUAGACUGCUAGAUUGUCAUGUCUUCAUCGUCCGAGCCACUCAAGCGAGUCAUCGUCACUGGCGGCGCGGGUUAUAUAGGCUCGCACAUCGUCUACAAACUCAUUGAGACUCGGCGGUAUAAGGUUAUAUCGAUUGAUAAUUAUCACAACGCGUACCCUGCUGCGCUUAAACGCGUGUCUCAACUCGUCCAGUCCGAACUUCCUCCUGACGCCUCGCCGGAAGAAGAGGAAAGCGCAGUGAUCGAUGUACAUAGGUGUGAUCUUACGAAGCCAGAGGAGAUUAGGUCUGUUUUUGAUAAGUACGGGAAGGACGGGAUUUGGGGUGUGAUUCAUGUUGCGGCCUACAAAGCCGUGGGCGAGUCAACCGUUAUCCCCUUAACAUACUACGCCAACAACGUCCUCGCAACGAUAAACCUCCUUCAAAUUAUGGACGAGUAUGAUUGUCCGCGCAUGGUCUACUCCUCUUCAGCAACCGUCUACGGAACACCUCCCGAGAUACCCAUUCCCGAAACGACGCGGCUGAAAGCGGACAGUCCAUACGGGAAGACUAAAGUUAUGUGCGAGACGAUCCUCGAAGAUUUAUGUGCAGCGUACCCGGACCGAUGGCGCUCGAUAUCCCUCCGAUACUUCAAUCCCGCAGGUGCACACCCCUCAGGUCUCUUCGGCGAAGAACCAAAAGGCCGACCAGGCAACCUCCUCCCCCUCCUCGCACACAUGGCCUGCGGACGUAUCAAAGAAGACACCCUAAAAGUCUUCGGGAACGACUACCCCACUCACGACGGCACAUGCGUUCGCGAUUACUUACACGUCCUCGAUCUCGCUUCAGGACACAUUCUAGCGCUCAACGCGCUUGACGAUUCCUCAAACUUCGCUAGUUGGCCGACCACACCCGGCGCGGGACGGUACAAGGCGUAUAACCUCGGAAAGGGUAAAGGAAUGAGCGUGUUGGAUAUCCUUGAAGCGAUGCGGAAAGCUACUGGGUUUGAUUUCAAGUAUGAGAUUAUUGGUCGUCGCAAAGGAGACGUACCAUACCUCAUCGCCGAGCCCUCCCUCGCAGAGAAAGAACUCGGGUUCAGCGCACCGCAGGACUUGGAGACGAUGUGUCGCGAUUUGUGGAAUUGGCAACUUCGGAACCCGCAAGGACUUGAUGGACCGUUUAUUAGUGGUGACCUUCCCCAAUUGGCGUCUAUUGCGAAGGGUAAUGCGAAGGCUCCUCUUGUGAAUGGUGCCCCUGCUCCUACUCCUGAAGUGAAGACCGCUUAGAGUUCAUGAUGAAGGAAUGAGAUGGACGGGGAUUUGGUGGAUGGACUACGUAUAAACUCACGACUCAUGACGAAUACGGACGUUUAAAUGAAAAAAAGGAGAAAAACGAAAAGAAAAGAAAGGCGGAUGGUUUUUCUUAUAUACCUAAUCUUCACUCUGUGUACAUAGAUUUGUAUGCUGUCAGUUUUCGGUAUCCUUCC